AUGACCGCAACGACUGCGGCACAAUUCACCUCUGGCCGAGUUAUUAAUUUUGCAAUGACCGGUUUCACUAUAGUUGUUGUCCCAAUAUUUCAGUCAGAAUGUGCUCCACCCGCACUGCGUGGGAUGAUAUCUGCGACUCUGCAAUUACAAAUUGGCUUCGGCCAGCUAGUUGCCUCUUUAGUGAAUUAUGGGACUAAAGGAAUGGACGGCGAUGUCAGUUGGUUGGUCCCAACAGGGCUACAACUAGUUGUUCCUGUAAUCAUCCUGGGGCUGCUCCCAAUGCUCCCAGAGUCACCUAGAUGGCUCAUGGCUAAGGGGAGAAAGGGCGAGGCCUUGAAGUCAAUGAUGAAGCUGAGGAAGAAGGAUGUCCCGAUCGAGUUGUUGCAGGAGGAAAUGGAGUUGCUUGCUGCCUCAAAUACAAACCAGGGCAAAGGGGCAUGGAAAGAAAUUUUCCAGGGAGUAAAUAGGAGACGAACAAUUAUCGCUAUUACAGCUAUGUUUUUUCAACAAAUAACUGGUCAAGCAUUUGUUUCACAAUAUGCUGUAAUCUUCUACCAACGCCAGAAGAUCCCUAACCCCUUCGGAAUAAGCGUCAUCCAAGCAGUAGUCGGUCUUGUAGCCAUUAUGUUCACCUCAUUGGUUGUUGAUUCCUUCGGGAGAAGGACUGAUGAUGACCAAUCCAGACCUAUUCUCCUCACUGGCGGUUCCUUUAUGGCCCUUUUCCUCUUCACACUUGGAGGUGUUGGUACGAUUCACAACCCAAAUACCACGCAAAAGAACACUAUGGUAGCCUCUAAUAUUCUCUUCGGAGCUUCCUAUGCGCUUUCUUGGGCACCUAUUUCCUACACCAUCCUCGGUGAGACUGCCACAUCUCGACUUAAGGAAAAAACAAACAAUCUUGCCACAUCCAUCAACGUUAUAACCACUUUUGUGGUUUCGUUCACCCUUCCGUAUCUUCUUAACCCACCCUAUGCUGCUCUUGGCGCUAGGGUAGGCUUCAUUUAUGGAAGUAUCAGCGCUAUAAGUGUGGUGGUUGCAUGGCUCCUAAUUCCUGAGAUGAAGGGCAGAAGCUUGGAAGAGGUUGACAAGAUGUUCGAAAAGAAUAUUGCUGUUAGCCAGUUCCGAGAUUAUCAAAGUGGUGGAAUAGGUGGAGUAAUUACUAGGGAAGACAAUAUGGGGAAUGGGAUAAGCGGCAAAGGUUCUGUUAAUGUUAUUGACGGGUAG